UAGAAAAUAUCAUGCACUACUAGUACUAUAGUUUUUGCGAUGUACCGGUAGGAACUAUUUGCGUUGGCGACCCAAUCCUGUUCGUGAAUAAAAAUACAGCAAUGACUCGAGAAUUGAAUAUCGGACUUGUUUCUGUUCCAUCUCAGUAUUGGAAGAAAUCGGCUGGCACACCUUACAAAUUUCAUGGAUGGUCGGAGGUCAGCAACUACACAACAACAAGAAGCAAUUUGUGUUCAAGAACCAAGGAAUUGCUUGAUUUCGAGCCGAUAAGGAUUUUGCACCCAUUUCUGAGAUCGAUCCGAAGGAUGAAACAAGAUACGAGUAGCGAUUUCCAGGCCACCGCAUCCUAUCGCAGGGAACAACUCCGUCGCAUCCAAUCCAUAGUCGAUCUAGUGCAGCGGGACAUACUGGAAACAAGUUUCGAAAAMCCCGGCGAGGAAGAAGGCAAAAAYSWUGUCUGCUGGUCGUUGUGGCCGGGAUGGCCGCAGCCCCCGAGGAGCUCAUCAUCGAUCCUCCCCGUGAACGAUGGGAAUUCCUUUCUUCGGAAGUUGUCUCGCGGGGAACGCGAGGUGCUAAAGAAUGUCUGCGGAUGUUCCUGUGCGAACAACGACUKGUCCAAAMUCUAUGUCCUGUUGCCUACUGCCACGAAACGCGCGGGUGCCACCGCUUGCACGAACCGGAACGUCGACACGAGUCUCGACCUAAAAUCCCUGGUGUCAAACACCCAUUUCGACGGGUUUGUCGUCCUKGACUUGACCACGAAGAUCGACGACGAAGAUGGCAGCAUGGGGGAAACCAACACAGCAACCAGCGAGUGGUCGCAKCUUCCACCCGGUCUGCACUCCAACGCCUGUGUUUCAGAGUCCAUCGUUGCGCUACGGAGCUGCCGCGUCUAUCGGAAUCUCUUCGUGUCGAGGACCUUUGUCGGAUCGGAGACGGUGCUCGCAAACAACGGACACGUCUCGGCRUCCGUCGGGGGGGAGGAUGGAUUCGGAACCAUCGCUAUCACCGUCGGAGCCGAAAGCGGGGGCGGCCGUUCCCUCUUGCUCACCGCGGAAUCGACCAUGCACGACGUGGCCCGACAGUUGGGAUCAGCCGACCACCACCAAGAACCACGGGAUCCAUCAUCGGCAUCCUCACCAUUUGCGUUCAAUGUUGUUUCUCAUGGAUCGAUGAUUCGCGACACUCCCACGGUUCGGAACGUAUUUCUCCAUCCCUUCUCUUCCAUYGAAUCGGCGUGYUCGGUGGUGGAUUCGACAUUGUUUGGCCAUUCCAAAAUCGGCAACGCGUCGGUGGCAUCAAACGUUUUGAUGCAGUGGAACGCCACMAUYAYGGACAACUCAAGAAUCAGCAACGUCCUUAUGAUGGAGCAUUCCCACUGCGGACCUUCCAGCAUACUGGAAUCGACGAUUAUGGGCCCCGACUCCCACGCAUCCGCUGGGGAGAUCCACGCCUCUGUCUUCGGUCCCAACACCAAUGCCCACCACCAGAGUCUGUUGGUAGGCGUGUUGUGGCCGAUGGGAAGGGGGAACGUUGCGUACGGUGCAAAUGUCGGUUCGAACCACACCGGKCGGCUCCCGGACCAGGAAUGCACUGCUGGGGAAGGGAUUUUCUGGGGAUUGAGCUGCGUCGUCAAGCUUCCUGUUGACCUGUCSCAGGCYCCGUACUCCAUCGUCGCAGCCGGAACAACGCUGCCCCCCCAGCGCAUCACCAUGCCCUUUUCCCUGGUUGUCGAAUCAUCAACGUUCUCCUCCUCCUCUCGCUCYCGCAACGACAUWGUUCCGGGCUGGGUCCUGCAGCAUUCUCCKUAUACGCUCGUCCGCAACGACAAGAAAUAUGCUACCCGGCGCAAGGCCACACGCCACGCYGAUUACACGGGCUGGAAAAUACUCCGGCCCGAUACCGUGGAACGGUGCCGCCACGCUAGAAAACUGCUGCGAAAGACGCAGCUGCCGACCGACCACGAGCAUUACAUCCCGCUGCAGAGCGUUUCGGGUGUCGGCGCAUGUGCACUGACGGAACGGGCUAGGGACGGGGGAAUCAAGGCCUACGACAACUGCAUCCAGCUCUAUGCGCUKGAAGGCUUGCUUGCCUGGUGCAGCAACGCGUUUGGUGGCGAUUCCGAACCAAUCCUAUCRAUGRUCGACCGCAUUCGACAAGAGUUUCGGACCCCAWCGAGCGCGGGCAGACCGACCGAAGAUUUCUCCGCGACGAGAGUGGAAUGGCCCCCGUUCCCCUGGGAYGCUAACGRUUGCGAGGAAACGCGGGCAUGGGAGUACCAGCGCAACCUCUUGGCAGACGAAUUUCCGAUCCCAUGCGACGGGACUCGGGACGAUAACAGCGACGUGGACGAGCUGCUGUCCUGGAUAGGAAACCUGCUCAACAAACUCGUAGAGCUAGAGAAGGAUUUUGCGGAACGCGUUGCCAAGUCCAAGAGGAGGGACGACAAACGGGGUGCCUCCAUCAUUCCUGGAUACAGCGAAUUCCAUGUUUCGGCAGAGUCCGAUCCGGUUAUCGUGGGGGUGCGAGAAAAAGCAUUCGYCACGGAACAACUGGUACAAAAGUUGACGACCGACCUGGAACGAUCURCCGGUCGCUUCCACMAUUCCCGGAUACAGUGARUUUCAUGGCACGGCAGAUUUGAUCCGAUGAUAGGAGGGCUUGGAGAAGACAAGGCGGGCGCUAYYGGGCAACUGGAUCAGGUAUCAAUGACGAGUUGGAAAGCGUGUAAGACAGCCACAGRAGAAUAGUAGACCCUAGUAGCCAGAAUAGCGAUAAUWAGAAUUAACAUAAWGCUUUKUA